AUGGACCUGUCGCGACCAGCGUCCUCUCCCGGCCCUCCCUCUCCAGAGCACGUUCCCGAGCGCGAUAUUGGUGGUAUUCCAGCAAGCUUCAGCCUUCUCUCCGCACGUCGGCCUUCAUGGGCACCACCACUACCUUCAGAUGACCCCAUAGCGACUGGUUUGGCUUCCUACCGCGAUGUAUCCAACCUCUCUGCGCAAGCCGCAGCUGCAGCUGCACCGUCCUCGCUCUCCCCCGAUGAUGGGCGGAACUUUAGGAGGAAUCUACAGAUUGACAUGAAGGAUCUUGUUGGGGAUGCCGUUGGCAAUAUGAGCAUAAGCCCAACGAGCCGAGACGUCGUACUCGCAGCGCGCCGAGGGUUGUUCAUCAUUGAUCUUGAGGCACCUCUCGAAGUACCUCACUUUCUGCCUCAAGGUGGCACAUGGGACGUGGCAGAUGUCCAGUGGAACCCCCAUAAGUCAUUCGCAAAAUAUAUAGUCUCCACAUCCAGCGAAAAGUUACUGAUAUGGAACCUUAUGCUCGGCGGGAAGACAGCCAUUGAACACAUCCUUCGCGCUCAUUACCGUGCAAUCACAGACCUAAAUUGGCACACAUCAGAACCAGAAACUGUAUGUAGCGUUGGCAUUGAUUCUUGGCUCUGGACCUGGGAUUUGAGAUCGCCGCGUAAGCCAGCAAUGGGUAACAACUCAACAUCUGAUACAGCUGGUGGCACGCAGGUGAAGUGGAAUCGCCAUGACUCUAAUAUCCUUGCAUCGUCCCACAACAAUGAAGUCCUCAUAUGGGAUAGGCGGAAAGGCUCUGUUCCGAUGGCAAGAGUCAAAGCACACAGUUCCAAAAUAUAUGGUAUAGACUGGUCACAUUCACGAGGAGGAGAAAUUAUUACGUGCUCUCUGGACAAGACUAUCAAAGUAUGGGACCUAAACUACCCUGUACGCGAGGAAGGUCAGUACGAACCCAGGACGACUAUCACUACCGGGUAUCCUGUGUGGCGUGCCCGAGAUCUUCCAUUCGGGCGAGGAAUCUUGUCUUUGCCUCAGCGUGGUGAUACAACAUUGGAGAUGUAUGCUGCUGGAAAUCCGAACAUGCCUAUCGAAGUGUUUGAAGGGCACACGGACGUGGUAAAAGAGUUCGUGUGGAGGAAAGGUGAUGGUGGUGAAUACCAGCUCAUUACUUGGUCCAAGGAUCGUACACUCCGGUUCUGGCCUGUGGACGCAGACAUUAUGGAGAGAGCAGGUCACAUUCCUUCAGGAGCAAGCGAAUCACGUUUCUUCACCGAUUUUGAUGCCACACCCUCCACUCGUUUUGUUCCUCAUCCUACCACCUUUGAACACCAGCCACAACUGUCUGCACCCAUAGGUUCUCGAGCCAUCCUUGCCGGAGUCCGCGCAGGGUAUCCACACGUCCACCGCAAGACUUCCAAUGCUGGGUCGAAUUACAACCCAGUCUUGCAACCACAUCGUGGCUCAGCCCUACGCGAACGUGGAAACACACUAACAGCGGGGCAUAUCGCAGGCGCCGUGACGGGCUCCACGCUCACGUUCCAGAAUCACCCCCGGGCAACUCCAACGAACCGCAACGGAGGCACGAUGUCGCGUGGUGGGGGCAUCAACGCGCGAGUGGACAAGUUCGCAUGGCUGUCGAGUGUCAAGGUUGGCGAGAAGCGGGAAGACAGUUCGGGUCCGGAUAGCGGUGGACCGUCAAGAUUGAGCUCGCGGUCGCGGCCCUCUUCAGGGCGAGAGCAGAGCGUAGACAGGCAGGUGCAAGAUGACUCGGGGCGCGGACGGAGUAUGGGCCAUAAUAAGAGGAGGCGGAGUGAAAGUAAAGAUCGCAGGGAGGGUGAAGGAACCCAGUCGCUGCAGGAUGAGAUUACCUCUGUGUUGACGAAGUUGACUACACAGAAAGUGAAGCUUGAGAAGCACGACCUUGCGAAGCGACGAACCUGCACUUUAGGCUUACAUGGACCAUGGGGAGACAACUCGUCUGUAUUCAUCCGAGUAACACUCAAGUUUCCCAAGGCGUAUCCUGCAUCGUCCCACCCAGACGCGACGCCUGAGCUUGAAAUGGAGCGAAACCCCCUGAUAUCGAUGCAGACUCGAGCAUUCAUGCUUCGCCGAUUGCGCGGAAUUCGCGAGCGUCGAAGACCCUGUCUAGAGGCUUGCCUACGAUUCUUGCUCUUUGGAGACGAAGAUGAGCAUGCAGCGGGGCCGAUGCCAAUCGAGUCAGAAUCUUCUGACGAAGACGGGGAGUUCGAGAAGCCCAAAGAUCUAGGGAUGAUGCGGGUCACGAAGAACAUCAUGGAACCACGCACCUCACAGGGAGUGUUUGGCCCGAAUGGCGAACUUGUUUGCUUUUUCCGUGCUGCCCCUCGAAUGGUGAAAACCUACGGUGGCUCGGGAGGCUCGGGCAAUGAUCUCCCUGCAUCAAACUCUACUGCUGCUGCAUCUCGCUCGUCAACCACUGUCCCCCGCAUAUUCCAAUCGCCUGCCCUCCUCUCCGAUGCAGUCCGGCGCCUUGGAGUGGCCGCCUCUGACUCUAAGCAGCUCGACCCCUACGACACCAAGCGCAGCGACAAGCGCGACGACCUCGUCCGUCUAAUGACGAACCUUCUCACCUUCGCGACGAACGCACGGGGCAAGCCCGGGGAAUCCACCGCCGAAGAAGAUAGCAUAUCCAACUACUCCUAUAUUCCGACGCGCCGUAGCAUCCUCGUUCUCAAACGGCCUCCACCGCACGUGUUCAAGAUCGACCGGGAAGCUGCUGCAAGGUACGUGUACGAAGCAGAGAGCCUCGCAAAACUUUGCGAGGCAAACGCCAAGGUCGCGAGCGAGUUCGGUCUGUUCCAUCAUGAGCGUGUGUUUAGCACGAUCCGGUCGCUGUUCCCGGCUUCCAAGAAGAAGAUCAAGUCGCGGAGGACUAAGUCGUCAACAUUCACAAACUGGGGAGUGGCUCAGCAGACCGUUCAGCUUCUGUAUCAAGAAUUCUCUGUGAUGAAGGAUGUGCAAAUGCUCGCAAUGAUAUCCGUGAUCUUGCUUAAAGCCGCACAUGUUUCAAUUAGUUCUUUUCACUUUUCAGCUCAGUCGAAUAACGACCCAAUGUCAGCCAUUCCAAAGGUGGAAAACGACUACUUCAGCCUGGCCCGACAGACGGACAACCGAGCUGGGGCCCUCUCACCUGCCUGGCCACGACUGCCAUUGAUGUCCCCGACCGCAAACAUCUUGCCGGCGGCCCCUCCAAUCUCGACGUCGAACUCGUCCAAAGGGUCAUGGUCGAGCCUGUUCAACACCGGCAGCAUGCGGAACUUCAUGGCCAACGUGCAAGAGUCCAUCGGGACACCCAUGGAGCGAGACGCGGCGAGCGCUACGCUGCGUCUGCCGAUCCCUGUGCCGCAGCAGAAAGAGCAGAAGGUAGCUGGGUCAGACUCUCCUCGCCGACGGAAGGUGUCCAAGGAGACGACGGCGUCUGUGAACUCGCCGGUGUCAAAGUCGUGGUCCGAAGCGGUUGGGGUGCCGAAACCAGCGUCGUCGGGCAUUGGGGGCAACCAAGGGUACCGACCUACUUUUUCGCGGGUUAUCAGCCCCAAAAGGACUAUACCGGAGAAGAAGUUGGUGAUCACUGAAGAAGCUGAGCCUAGCUCGACUCGCCGUCCGCUAGAUGCUCGGAUGCUGAAACAGCUCUCAUUGCAUAUCCAUGCCUACGCAGAGAUUCUGUUCCGGUGGCAGCUGCUGAACAAGCGGACCGAAUUGCUGAAUGCCGUUCCAUCUGGAAAGAAGACAUCAAGUGAUCUGGUACUGGGUGCGUGCUUACACACGUCGAAAAGUUAUCAGUCACAGGAUAGAGGCUGA